AUGGGGAAGUUUCACGCCCGGUUAUACAAGACCGAUCGUGCGCGGGAUUUCGAUCAUGAACAGGAUCGAUAUGUGCGUAUGCGACAGAUCUAUGACACUAUUGACCGACAAGGCUAUCAAUGGGUUGUGGUUCUCGUUGCCGGUCUCGGCUUCUUCCUUGAUGGUUACACUCUCUUUGCCAGUAAUAUGGCCCUUCCGAUGAUUUCCUACGUUUAUUGGCAAGAUGACACCUCCUCGCUUCGUUUGACUUGCAUCAACAUCGCCACAUUAGCCGGAACCUUGCUCGGCAUGGUGCUAUUUGGAUUUUUGGCAGACAAAAAUGGGCGGAAGAAGAUGUAUGGUGUUGAACUGGUUCUGCUUAUCACUGCCACACUCGGCGUGGUCAUGUCUUCCGAAGGCAAGAAUGGCAGUAUGAGCAUCUUUACCUGGUUGAUCUGGUGGAGAGUCUGUGUCGGCAUUGGUGUUGGAGCAGAUUACCCCCUCAGUGCUGUCAUUACAUCAGAGUUUGCUCCUACAAAGCACCGUGCCCGCAUGAUGGCCACCGUCUUCUUCAUGCAGCCUCUCGGCCAAAUUGCAGGAAAUCUGGUUUCAUUAAUCGUGAUCGCAGUCGGCAGAAACAGUAACAGCGCGGAUCUUACUCGCAGCGUCGACAGCAUGUGGCGCUGGGUUCUGGGCAUUGGUGUCGUACCCGGUGCCAUUGCAAUCCUCUUCCGAUUCGCCAUUCCGGAGAGUCCUCGUUACCUGGUUGAAAUCGACGACGACCCAGUGACCGCGGAAUUUGAUGCAACAACUCUCUUUACGGAACCGUCCAUCAGCUCUGGAUUCGAUGCACAGGGUUUUGGAAACAUAACUUCUAUCAUGGGCAGUUCGAUUCAACUCCCACCCAUGUCUUCCCUGGCUAGCGACUCCAUUCACGAAGACGAAGAAUACAGUUCCUUACCACCGGCAACCCUCAACUCCCACUGGCGGCUUGCCAAAUCUGACAUUAUUCGAUAUUUCUGGACAGAAGGCAACUGGCGCAGUCUGGCUGGUACUACGAUUUCUUGGCUGCUAAUGGACUUCGGUUUCUAUGGCAUUAGUCUUGCCAGUCCACAAUUUUUGGCUAAGACCUGGGGCCAGCUACAUAUCACCACAUCCGAGCCAUACUGGAUGACCGAUUCUCGUGCAGGAGCUAGCGUCUAUGACAUGUUUUUCCAGACCUCCAUUCGUGCUCUGGUGAUUCUGAACAUCGGCAGUUUCGUCGGUGGUCUCCUCCUCAUUAUUUUCGCCCAUCGCAUUGAACGAGUCGCCCUGCAAAAAUACACUUUCCUCUGUCUCUCAGCGCUUUUCAUUGCAUUGGGAAGCAUGUUCGUUUGUCUGAUCAGCAAUCCCGCGGCUUCAGUUGCAUUAUACAUCCUCGGCCAGAUCCUUUUCAACUUCGGUCCCAACGCCACAACUUACAUGAUCCCCGCCGAGAUCUUCCCUACCCGGUAUAGAGCUACAUGCUACGGACUUAGCGCCGGCGCCGGCAAGCUGGGCUCCAUCCUCGUCCAAGUCUUCUCAACCUACUACCGUUUCGGCGGUGGUCUCGGAGACGUCUCAACUCGCCACCACGGCAUUGUUCUUUUUGUUUUUAGUGCUUGUAUGAUCCUCGGUGCUGCUGUGACACACUUCUGGAUUCCGCCUCUCCAACAGAAGAAGGGCAACAACAUUCUUUGGGGCGGAAAGCCUUACACCCUCGAAACGAUGGCCUUGGGUCGCAUGGGACUUGUCGACAUGAGUGGUAAUCUGAGUUCCCAAUCAAGUCCACGAAAACGCCGAAGACCUGCGCUAGCAUGCGAGCAAUGUCGUCGACGCAAGGUACGGUGCGACCGGGAAAUGCCAUGUGGCCCCUGCAUCAAGUCCCACCCCUCGCUGGACUGCGCAUAUGUCGACGAGGGUAAGGCUGCAUUAGACGCUAGGCUAGAGUCGUCUCGACUAAGUGAACAAGAUAUUCUUUCAAAUUCUGAUGAGCAACAUGUCUCCUCCGGCACUGGCCAGAGCUCUGCCGACCGUGCUCGAAUAGCGCAGCUUGAACGCAGUAUUAAAGCUCUGCAGAGUCGUGUGCAGGAUUUGGAGCAAAAUGCGGUCCAAGAUAGCCAAGGCCGUCGCGCGGAUGCAGAUACCCAGCAAUCAAGUGGAACGGUUGAUCACGUCGCUGGCAGGCCUAGUGGAUCGGAGCAGCCUCAAACGUUUAUCUCCCCUCUGGCACCUCGCAUCAAAAAUGACAAUGGAAGAAUAAAGCUGUUUGGUACGACACAUUGGGCUCUUGUGUUUCAACAGUUCCGCAUUCUACGCCAAGUGCGAAGCACAGCUAGCUCUACCAAUGGGGAACACAACUCAAUCAGCAAAUCACUCACAGAUAUUCGCAAACUGCGACAUCGUAUCAAGGGUCGGCAGGCACCGCGGCUGGCAGAUCCCGCACCAGGUCUAUUGAGUGACCUACCCACAAGGGAGAUAUGCAACGAGCUAGUCCAGCACUAUUUACGCACACUUGGAAUGAUUUACCGCGUCCUUCAUGUCCCAACCUUUAACCAAGAAUACGAAAGAUUCUGGGAGGAUCCUCAACUAGCCUCAAGGGGGUUUGUGCUCAAACUUCUGUUGAUACUUGCUAUCGGAUCUAUCUUCCAUUGCAAGCCUGGACCAUUGAAUGAGCUCGGUAUGCCGAUCCAGCGCUGGGUUUAUGCGGCACAGUGGUGGUUAUCUGGUCCAUCUUCCAAGGAGAUUGGAAACCUGGAGGGCUUGCAGGUCUACUGUCUGCUUCUGAUUUGCCGUCAAGCUUAUGCUAUGGAUAAGGAAUGGAAUUGGAUGUCGGCUGGAACUUUAUUACGACAAGCAGUCAGCCAGGGACUACAUCGCGAUCCCUGCAAUUUUCCGACAAUAUCUAUCUUUGAUGGUGAAAUGCGACGUCGGAUAUGGGCGACUAUAUUGGAACUCAAUGUUCAACUGGCCAUUGAUGCAGCAAUGCCACCGCUACUUGCUGAAGCGGACUAUGACACUCGACCGCCAGCUAAUAUCGAUGACGAGGAUAUUGAUCCUGAUACUACAGUCUUACCACCUAUCCAACUCCAAGAUUUCUUUACAGACUCCUCGCUGCAAAUUCUGCUCUUGCGGUCCUUUCCAACCCGCUUGCAAGUCGCAAGGACCAUCAACGAGUGUGGUCGAGAACAACUCUACGAAACUGCGCUGCAGCUAGGCAGUAUACUUACUUCGGCCUGCAAGGAAAUGGCAGUGCUGUUUCGUGCUUAUACCGCGAGUACAAGAAGAUCCAAAUACCGACCCACCCAGUUCCACCACCGAGUGAUGGACACCCUACUCCGACGUUUCUUGCUAAAUCUAUAUCGACCAUUCGCUAUCCAAGCUGCAAAAGACCCUCGUUUCUAUCUCGCCCGAAAACUCAGUCUCGAUUCCGCUCUUGUCAUGGCUUCAUAUGGAGAGGUGCCCGAAGGCAUCCCAGACACUGAUCGGCAACCAUAUCAAGAUUUCCAACGACUUGCAUUCUCAGGAUCGGGAUUGUUCAAAGCACACUUGUCCCUAGACGUAAUGAUCGUCAUCUCAUCGGAGCUAAUCAUACAACUCGAAGAAGAAUUCGGCGCUCACCCAGAAGGGUUCUCCCCUUUCACUCCGACUGCGGUUGACCAGAUCGCAAACGCUGCUCGAAUCCCGCUCAUUCAAGCACUGGAGCGUAUCAAGGGUCACCUUUAUACCAGUCUGGAGGUAGGCAUCCCGAGCAUGAAGCGAUACUGUCUGCUGGUAGGAGUUCUGGCGCAACUUCAAUCCAUGCCCCCUGAUGAGCACAGUAACUGGGGCCAAAUUCAUGAAGCAUUCAUGGCUAGCAUGGAAACUUGUCGUACAUUGCUUGAGCAACAUAUUACCGGAUUUCAAGUCACCGAAGACGAGGCCUUACAAGCCACCAUCGGUGAUUCCAGUAUUUGGACACCUGAGAGUACAUUUGGCUCUAGUCUAGGUUCUGACUUUAUGGUUGGUCUCUACACUCACUUUCAUCUGACAAGUUGA